CGGGGCUGUCAGGUGGGAGCGCUGCUGCGGGUCAGUGACUGGAGCCUUUUUUUUUUAACGCAGGAAAUUUACCUUGUAAAGAAUUCACAUUUUGGGACAGUUGGACAAAAUUCCAGCGACACCCCGAUACCUUUUCAAAGCGAGAGCUCCUGCUCGUUCUCCAGAAUGUUCUCUGCGAGGAAAGUAUCUUAUAGGUAGCAAUCAAUCACAGUGGACUGUGACGUGGAGAUGGUCGCUUGGGCCUCUUUGCUGACAGUAUGCAUAUGGAUACAAACGCAGGUUGCCUCAGGACAGCACACAUGUCCUUCUACUCCUCGCAGGCUGGUGGAUUUCACUGUAAACUACUCCCUCCCCCACUACGAGUCAGAGAAACCCAUACAGAACAUAGUGGUGGAUUGGGAAUCACAUCAGCCACAGGUAUACAUUGGAUGCCAGAAUGUAAUAGAGGCAGUCAACAGUACUAUGAACAAAACAUGGGAAGUGAGAACCGGACCUGUUGGCAGUCCAGAAUGUAAAACCUGUCAGGUGUGUGACAUAGAAACAGAUCCUGGGGAUCCAGUGGAUACAGACAAUGAGGUUCUGCUUUUGGAUCCUGCUGGAUUUCUCUUGCCAUACUUGUACAUUUGUGGGAGCACUCAGCAUGGGAUCUGUUACUUCAUUGACGUUACCAAUGCACGGCCUGAGCCUCAGUGUUUAUACAAAAAAGAGCAAAACUCUCCAUCCAGUUGCCCUGACUGUCUGGCUAGCCCACUUGGCACCAAAGUCACCAUCGUUGAACAGGGAGCCACAUCGCUUUUUUUUGUAGCAGCGUCUGUCAAUGAUAAAGUGACACAGAGAUAUCCACGGAGGUCGAUAUCAGUGGUCAGGCCACUUUCAACUGAAGAUGGCUUUCAUAUGGUCAUGAAUGGCCUGACAGUGCUCCCCAGGCUACAGGACUCUUACAGGAUUAAUUAUCUCUACAGCUUCUCUGCCAAGGAACAUGUCUACUUUCUCUCUCUGCAGAGAGAAAAUCCCUUAAAGAGCAAUUCAAGAUUUCAGACUCGUCUGGGACGACUUCCAGUAUUAAUUCCUGAGGUGUGGAUGUACAGAGAGGUGGUCCUGGAGUGCCGGUACGAACCAAAACGCAGGAGGAGACGGAGAGAGGGAUUCAAGGACAUUGUGUAUAACGGGCUACAGGCGGCCCACUUUGGGCAAGCUGGGAAGGACCUGGCCGAGGAGCUGGGGGUGGACGAGAAAGAAGAUAUUCUGUAUGGAGUGUUUGCAGAGGUGAAUGAGCAUGGUCAGCCUCAAAAAAGCUCAGCCCUGUGUGCCUUCUCUUUGACCAAAGUAAACCAUGCGAUUGAUUUGGGCGUGGAGGCCUGCUGUAAGUCAGGUACAGAGCAGCUGUCCAGAGGUCUCUGCCACUUCCAGCGCUGUGAGAGCUGCCCACAUGAAAGCUCUGAAGGUAAUGAUACAUGCAGUGCCAUGCCCACCCUGGUGUCAAAGCCAUACCACAGAGUAGACCUCUUCAACAGGCAGAUGAGAGACGUGCUGUUCACCGCAGUCCUGGUCACCACUAAUGGGAAUCAGACACUGGGGCACUUUGGUACCUCAGAUGGCAGGAUACUGCAGGUGAUUCUUACCACAUACAGGCCUAUUGUUUUUGCCAACUAUUCUCUGGGAGAUGCAGCAGUAUCCAGGACGGCAGCUGUGUACUCAAAGGAUUCACUUCUCUUUGUAAUUGGAAAUAAGAUGUUCAGGGUGCCCUCUGCAGGACCCGGGUGUGCGCAUUUUAUGACAUGCUCCAUGUGUUUGACGGCUCCACGCUUCAUGAACUGUGGCUGGUGCUCGGGAAUCUGCUCAAGGCAGCACGAGUGUACCUCGCAGUGGAACAAAAACUCCUGUGCACCUGUCAUAACAGAGUUUUUCCCUAAAAUGGCACCUGCUGGUGGUGAGACUGAAGUGACGUUGUGCGGUUGGGAGUUUCAGUCCCCUCUGCGACCUGCCAUUAUCAGCGGCAAAACCCACAUCAUUACAGUGGGCUCUGGGAGCUUGUGUACUGUCCUGCCUGAGAAGAGCAGCAGUGAAGUGCUUGUAUGCAAGAUUCAGGAAAACAGACCAAGCCAGAACCUCAAGAUCACUCUGAAAGUGCACGAGGGGGAAGUGGAGGGCCGCUACUCAAUCGAUGGCACAGCUCAGGCACUUGGCUUCUCUUUUGUGAAACCUAGCAUAACAGCAAUCAGCCCUCUCUAUGGGCCCAUGUUUGGAGGAACAGCGGUUACACUGACAGGCAGAUAUCUUAAUUCUGGGGUAAAGAGAGAAGUCUUCAUUGCGAACAACAAGUGCAACAUUCAAAGUGUUCCUGAAGGAAGUGGGACUUCAUCUUCAAUCGUCUGUCACACAGCAUCUGUAACAGGUGUCCUGAAGGCACCUGUGAAAGUCGUCAUUGACGACUUUGAUGUGAUCACCCCUAUGAUGUUCUCCUACAAAAAUAACCCUUUUAUAAUGUCUGUGUAUCCUCACUGCAGUUUCAGAAGUGGCUCCAAGCUGGUGAUAGAAGGUCAGAAUCUUGACUCUGCCCACAAAACUGUGGUUCAGUACACUCCCAAAAAUCCCCUCAUGCCAUCUCUUCAACAAGUGUGCAACGGCACUGUAAAUGACACACAUAUGGAGUGCUGGACCCCUGCGUUUCAAGAGGAAAUGCCAGAGGAAAAGUCUGACACAGGAGAGAUUUUUAUUCACAUGGACGGAAAACGUGACCUCUGGAAGAGACGUUUUGACUACCACCCUGAUGCCAGAGUCAUUCCCUUUGAAAGUGAUGACAAUGAAUUACUUCUAAAACCAGGAGAGACAGAAGUUUCACUGCAUCAUAGCAAACUGAAUACAGUGGACACAUGUAUGAAUAUCACAAUGACGAUUGGCGGUGUGGGCUGCAAAGUUCAGGUUCUGUUAAAUGAGCUGACGUGCAGGAUUCCUAAAGGCCUGGUUAUCCCCAAUGAGGGAUUGCCUGUCAGGGUGUUUGUGAACAGGAAAGAAUAUGAUGUGGGUACAGUACUGUAUGGUGACAACAAAGGUGUGACUGUGGGUAUUACGCUGGGAAUCUUUGCUGCAUUGGUAGUCGGUGCUGGCCUUGCAUAUAUUGUGAUGAUGCAUGUAAGGAAGAGAAAGAGAGCAGAUAUAGAGAAUCGUUUAUCAACACUGAUUUCACGGAACCGCAUGGGCAGCCACUCUGAUUUCUCACCAACAGGAGACUACAGACGAGAUCUGUCCAGCCAAACAUCAGGUUCACGGGGAAUGGCCUUCCAAGGUUUGUUAUAUGCUGCCAGCCAUGAUCAUCUGUCCGUUCCUUUAGUACCACGGGACAACAUCUCCAUGGUCAGCCUGAGUUCUGAGCUCCUUGAAGAGGUCAAAGAUGUGCUGAUCCCUGCUGAGAUGCUCCGAAUUGAGGAUAGCCAGAUAAUUGGCAAAGGUCACUUUGGGACAGUUUAUCAUGGAUACCUGAUAGACAGCAAAAAGCAGGAGACCCAUUGUGCUGUUAAAUCAUUGAACAGGAUCACAGAUCUGGGGGAGGUAGACCAGUUCCUCAGAGAAGGCAUCAUCAUGAAAGGUUUCAACCACCCAAACAUACUCUCUCUGCUGGGCAUCAUGCUGCCCAAAGAAGGGCUCCCCCUGGUGGUGUUACCAUAUAUGAAGCAUGGGGAUGUGCGUCAUUUCAUCCGUUCUGAGAAAAGGAACCCAACAGUGAAAGACCUGAUCGGGUUUGGGCUUCAAGUUGCCAAGGGGAUGGAGUAUUUAGCCCAGAAAAAGUUUGUCCACAGAGACCUGGCUGCACGUAACUGCAUGCUGGAUGAAACCUUCACAGUAAAGGUGGCUGAUUUUGGCAUGGCGAGGGACAUCUAUGAUAAGGAAUACUACAGCAUUCAAGAUCACAGACGGGCAAAGCUGCCAGUGAAGUGGAUGGCCAUUGAAAGCCUGCAAACACAGAAGUUCACAAUCAAGUCUGAUGUGUGGUCAUAUGGCAUCUUAAUGUGGGAGCUGCUGACCAGAGGUGCUAGCCCAUAUCCAGAUGUGGACCCCUAUGACAUCACACACUACUUGUUGAAGGGACGUCGUCUUCCACAGCCACAGUUUUGCCCUGAUACCCUGUAUUCAAUCAUGCUGACAUGUUGGGACCCAGAGCCUGAAUGUAGACCUACCUUUCGCAGCCUGGUUACAGAAGUACAACGCAUCCUGUCUUGCCUGGAAGGAGAGCACUACAUCAGUCUGAAGGUUACCUAUGUCAACAUAGAUCAGCCAAGGCCUUACCCGUCUCUGACUGGAUCCGCAGAUGAGGCUGAGGCCUCAGAUUUGGACACAGAUGGUAACGCUGCCAGCUGAGUGCCUCAGAACCCUAAGACUCUCUGGUAGGAACAGAAUCUGGAUCAGAUUUGGAAACCAUACAAGAUGAGACAGCUUGUCUCGUCACAUAUGUCGUUGAUUACGUCCACAAACUUGAGCAUAUGGACUGUUUGGCUACUGAUUUAAGACAUUGUAGGUAUAACAGACUCUUACUGGAGCUGAGACAAAAAUGACGCUGGAAGUUCCCCAUGCUUGUCACUACAUUUUAUUUGUAGCAAAACAGAGUGUCGAUGGAAGUAAAUGUUUUUAUUCUCAUCUGAAGCACAAGUGUGACUGAAACAAAGUGAAUGUAACAUGCUUUUGUUCUCAGAUUUAUAGAAAAGGAUGUCAGCGUACAUGAGGACAUUUUAUAUGUCCCUAAGUUAGUGUGUUAGACUGUCAGAUGUGGUGUCUAUGAAUACUGGCUUGCGCUCAGGGGUCAACAUUUUUACUUUUUUUCUCACAUUUUCCUUACUAUAUGGAGAUAUAAUAUAGAUCAAAUCCCUUCAUAUAGGCUAUAGAAUGUAAACUUAAUAUCAUGGUAUGUGUGUAUGUGAAAUUAUCACACUGGAUGUAGAACAGCUCCAUCGAUACUCAAAAACUCUGCACCUGCUGAAUUAUACAGUGAGCUAUCUGUUCUGUUCUGUUAUCAACUGUACCUGUCAUUAUCACUAGAGGGCAACCAACGCCUCCUUCAAAAGCAUACAUGAGUUGCUGCGGCAGUGAUGAUCUGCACUACAGCAGACAAUUCAACACAAAGGUGUUACACAAACAAUAUAACUCUAUGUAUCUGUUGAGCAAAUGUGACAAAUUCAAUCUUUCAACUCAAUCAACACAGCACAACAUAUGGCAGAUUUGGGGGAUUUCUUUGUUUCUCGUACGUAAUUAAAAUGAUCUCCGCAGA